UUUGACACUUUGGUUUUGCUUCUCGUCUGAUUAACGUCUUCGAAAGGACCGCCUUUUCGGUUCUCUACCAGUACAAAUUUUUUCCGAAGCAACGCCCACCAAACAACGACUAGUCAUGGGUGAUCCAAACGCCGAACGUACUUUCAUCAUGAUCAAACCCGACGGUGUACAGCGUGGACUUGUUGGCAAGAUCAUCAAACGUUUUGAGACCAAGGGAUUCAAACUGGUCGCCAUGAAAUUCGUCUGGCCUUCUGAAGAAUUGUUGAAGAAGCACUAUGCUGAUCUUUCCAGUAAAGCAUUCUUCCCUGGUCUUAUUAAGUACAUGUCAUCUGGACCCGUUGUCCCCAUGGUAUGGGAAGGAUUAGAUGCUGUGAAAACUGGACGUUUCAUUCUUGGUGCUACUGAUCCAAAAAACUCAAACCCUGGUACAAUUAGAGGAGAUUUAUGCAUCCAAGUUGGCCGUAAUAUCAUUCACGGAUCGGAUGCUGUAGAAUCUGCUAACAAAGAAAUUGCAUUGUGGUUCACUGAAAAAGAAGUAGUCCCAUGGACAAAGACUAUUGACUCAUGGGUCUAUGAAUAAAUACAUUAAACAUUGUAUUAAUAUUUAAGUAAAUGCGAGCUUAAAUAAAACCCACUUUAGGGUUGUGUACUUGUAAUUCAUCAUUUUAAUAAAUUCAUUGAUAUAAAAUAUUUA